AUGGCUAUUUUUUCAUCGAUCACUGCAAUAUACAUAAGGAUUGGUUUCCUCUUUACCCUAGCUUACUUGUCUGUAAAAGAUGUAACAGCUGUUUUGAAUCAUCCUUUUGUAUUGCUGCUAUCACAGGCUAUGAGUCUACCGAUGUUAAAUAUGAAUCCUUUUGGCGCCCAGCUGGGAUUGAUUUCGCUUAUAUUUUGUAUGCUAGCAAUAAGCGAUCUAAUACCUUUAUUGGAAAAGAACAAGAAAUACUUCAAGUCAUUGGUACCUUUUAGAUUAAUGAUGUACUUCACAAUUGCUGUCGUUUCCUAUCUCUAUGAAAGUAAUCUUUAUAUUCACAAUAAUGCUAUAUUUGUCUACUGCUUCUGUGAAUUAUGGCUGAACUUUUUGAUAGUUACUGCAUUAAAAGAAGAGGAAUCUAAAAAAGGCAGCGAAGAGGAAGAAAGUAAUAGCUCUGAUGAGGCCGACUCAAUGGAUCAGUCAGGCGUUGAAACUGAUGAAGAUGAUGACGAGUUGGGCCACUCUGAAGAGAGAAGCGACUCAGCUAGCAAACGCAAUUGA